AUGCACUUCACGGCAGUCCUGAGCUACCAUGCCCAAUCCGAGGAUGUCUCCACGGGCAAGGUGUCGUUCGCCCCGGAGCCCACGCCCCUGCCGUCUGCAGACCUGCAGGCCCUGCGGAGCGCCCGUGACGCCGUCGCGAGCGUCAAGCAGCGCGUCGGGGCGGCGAUCAACUCCCUCACGUCGAUCUACACCCCGGGGAUGCCCCACGUCGGCGUCCUGGGCCAGAUGUGGCUCCCCGGGCCCCGCCUGGGCGCCACAGACUCGGGCCACCACUCCGAGCAGGGGACGAGCGCGCACGACAGCCGCGCGGGCGCGGACGACGAGGUCUUCCUCCACACGCGCGGCGCGCCGUUCUACGUCGCGGGCGAGGACGACAUGCUCACGCAGUUCCGCAUGUCGUGCGUGCGCACCGAGUACGCCGUGCAGGGGCCCGCGGUCGCCGUCGGCGAGGUCGGCCGCGUGUUCCUGCGCGCCGCGACCGAGUACACGAGCCACCUCGCGGGGUACACAGUCGCGAGCUACCGCCGCGUCGAGGAGGCGCGCCGGUGCGGCGUCCUGUCGGCGGUGCUCAUGCCCGUGUUCGACCCCACCGGCCUCGGCGGCGGCCCCGUCGCGGUCGUCGAGGUGGUCUCCAGCGACCCGACGAUCCGCCCGCAGGCGCUCGUGGCGCGCCUCGCGAGCUGCCUGGCCCAGGGCGGCCUCGGGGCGCCCAUGAACGACUACGGGCCCGGGCUGUGCUUCUUCCCGGGCCUCGGCGUGGUCCGGGAGUCGGACGCCACGAACAGCAACGAGGUCGGCCACAGCCUCGUCGGCUCCCGCGCGGGCGGCGCCAGCCGCGAGCGCCUCCCGUCGGACGGCAAGGAUGCGUCGAGGGAGGGGCGCGGCAGCGGCGGCGAGGACCCGGCGGGGGCGCACCCGGGGGGCGCGCCGAACGCGAGCAGCCCGAACGGCGGCGCGGGCGACGUGUGGGACCUCUACGGCGACGUGGGGCCGUCUGCGUCGGGCCGGCGGCGGCGGCGCUCCCCGACGGGGGACCUGAUGGCGCACGAGGCUGCCGAAGCGACCGGCCUCGGGCCCGGCGCCAACGCGAUGCUGGCGCGCAAGGCGCGCGUGACGCGCGACUUCAGCGUGAUGUCGGACCGCUCGGAGAGCUUCGGGAUCGGGGGCCGGGCGCUGUCGGUCUCGGAGAGCCUCAUGGCGGGCCUGGGGGGCAUCGCGCUGUCGCGGCAGUCCUCGGGGGGGGUCGAGUCGACGGGGGGCAUCUCCGCGCAGAUGAGCAUUCCCGAGAGCUGGCACCCGGGCGAGGACCCCGCGCUGGUUGGGGCGCGCGAAGUUCCCAUCAUGACCACCACCACGUCGCUGCGGCGGAACCUGCUCACGCGGAGGAUGCACGACGACGCCCCCGGUGACCUGGAGCUCGACGACGGAGCACGGGGCUCGGACGGGCAGCCCGCGGGGGUCGCCAGCGAGACGGCGACGCCCGGCACCGGCUCGCCCGCAUCGGGGCGUGGCUCGGGCGGCUCCAAGCGGCGCAGCCUGCGCCCGCGCACCCAGGCCGCGGCGCCCACGCCGCAGCCCGAGGCGGUUUCGGCGGACCAGCUGCGCGUGGAUUCGCUCGGGCGCCGGCAGGGCACGGGCCGCAAGCUGACGCUGGCCGACCUGGAGGCGCACUUCCACCUGGGGCUGAAGGAGGCCGCGGCGGACCUCGGGGUGUGCCCGACGACGCUGAAGCGCGCGUGCCGGCGGUUCGGCAUCGCGCGGUGGCCGCGGCGGCAGCACCUGGCCGCGAAGCAGGACGAGCUGAGGUCGCUGGCAACGGCGCUGGAGCCGCACAGCCCCAAGACGGGCGACCGCACGACGGACCAUGGCUUCGCGAAGGGCGACGUGCAGCGGAUGUCGUCGGGGCACCUGGUGUGGAACGCGCACGCCAGGGGGGCGGACAACGGCGUCGCGCUGCUGACUGGGUCGGGCAAACUGCAGGCUACGCACGGCUCCGGGGACGCAAACACCGCACGCGACUCGCUGACGGGGGCGGCGACGCGCAUGUCGCAGCCGGGGGCGCUGACGCGCUUCUCCCACCCCGGCGGCGACGCGGCCCUUCACGUGGCCCGCGCGUCCCAGCUAGGGGGCGACGCGGCGGGCGGCGCGCCGCUUGUUCAAGCUGCGUCGCACGACCUUCUCCGCGGAGUUUCCCUGGAACCCCCAGAGCCUGGCGCGCCCGGCGUGCCCGCGCCCGCGCCCGAUCCCGCGGAGCCGCCGCUGGAGAACAAGCCCUCGGCCGAGGGCCUCGGGGCGCUGCGGGGUCUUCGGUGGUCGCAGGAUGGCCAGGGGGGCGAGGACGACCUCUUCGCCGCCGUGGAUUUGGAGAUGCCGGACCUGCCCGUGCCCGAGGACUUGUGGGACGCUCUCAGGCGGGGGGACUGA